ACAUAAAUAUUGGAUAACGAAUUUCACAUCGCAGUUGGAUCCCAUUUGCAUCGUCUUCUGGCUUGAUCGGGUGCAAAAACGCAGCGUUUUUAUUCUCUUGCGUCAACAAUGGAGCUUAAGGAUUUCACCAAACUAAACCACUCGCAAAAAUCCGCUUUCGCUGUUGUUUUCGUCAUUCUCUUGCCACCUUUCUUUCCCCAUCUUUUCCAACCUCUGGGUCGUGCUUCGCCUUCUAUGUUCUCUGAGUGGAAUGCUCCGAGGCCUAUGCACGUGGCUUUGCUAGAGAGUGCUCUGCAACGCCAAACGUCUGUUGAACUACAAACUAGUCUUUGGUCUCCCUUGGCCUUCCAAGGAUGGAAACCUUGUACUGAGCGUCCAAAACCACCUCCACUGCCUGAAAAGUCGUGGGGUUAUAUCCAGGUUUUCCUUGAUGGCGGGUUGAACCAGCAGAAGAUGGGGAUAUGUGAUGCUGUUGCUGUUGCUAAAAUUUUGAAUGCGACAUUGGUGAUCCCACAUUUUGAAGUGAACCCUGUCUGGCAAGAUUCAAGUUCAUUUGCAGAUAUAUUUGAUGUUGAUCACUUUAUUGAUGUUCUCCAUGAUGAAGUCUCUAUCGUGAAAGAGCUUCCUAGUGACUACUCUUGGAGCACAAGAGAAUACUAUGGCACAGGCAUAAGAGCUACUAGAAUUAAAACUGCGCCUGUUCAAGCUACUGCUGAUUGGUAUAUAGAAAAUGUUUUGCCCAUACUUCAGAGUUAUGGGAUUGCUGCUAUUGCACCAUUCUCUCAUCGCUUGACAUUCAACAACUUGCCAUCAAACAUCCAGCGUCUCCGUUGUAAGGUCAACUUCGAAGCACUGAUCUUUGUUCCACAUAUCAAGAAAUUAGGAGAGACCAUUGUUCACCGUCUUCGCGACACUUCUAGCAUCAACCAAGCAGAAGGGAAUGACCAUCUGCUGGUGGAAACUGAUAAGUUUGGAAAGCAGCAAGCUGGGAAGUUUGUUGUGUUGCAUCUGCGAUUUGACAAAGAUAUGGCUGCUCAUUCAGCCUGUGAUUUUGGUGGGGGUAAAGCUGAAAGACUUGCUCUGGCGAAAUACCGCCAAGUGCUUUGGCAGGGUAGGGUAUUGAACUCUCAAUUCACUGAUGAAGAGUUGAGAAAUCAGGGGCGUUGCCCACUGACACCCGAAGAGAUUGGAUUGCUGCUGGCAGCUUUGGGUUUCAACAAUAAAACACGGCUUUAUCUUGCCUCUCACAAGGUUUAUGGUGGAGAAGCUAGGUUAGCAACUUUAAGCAAGUUAUUUCCUCUUAUGGAAGAUAAGAAGAGCCUAGUCUCCAAAGAGGAACUGGCCUAUGUUAAAGGAAAGGCAUCCCUGCUGGCUGCUGUUGAUUAUUACGUGAGCAUGCACAGUGACAUCUUCAUUUCUGCUUCUCCUGGCAAUAUGCACAAUGCUCUUGUGGCGAAUCGUGCUUAUAUGAAUCUGAAGACUAUCAGACCAAACAUGGCGCUGUUGGGCCAGCUAUUUCAGAAUAAAAGCAUGGGAUGGUCAGAAUUUCAGCGUGCAGUUCUUGAUGGACAUAAGAACAGACAAGGGCAGAUAAGAUUAAGGAAGGAAAAGCAAUCAAUUUAUACGUAUCCUGCUCCUGAUUGCAUGUGUAGAGCUUAAUGGAAAACAAGUUUUGACAGUUAUAAAUUGAUCUUUAGCUUAAUUACGUUUUUGGCUUAAUUAGUUUCUCCAAUUUUCUCU